GGGCGGGCGCGGCGGCAAGGCCGGCGAAUUCAGGUGAGCGGUUGCUCGUCGUCGGGGCGGCCGGCUGCGGCGGCUCCAGGGCCCAGCAUGCGCGGGGGGCCCCGCGGCCACCAUGUAUGUGGGCUAUGUGCUGGACAAGGAUUCGCCCGUGUACCCCGGCCCCGCCAGGCCCGCCAGCCUCGGCCUGGGCCAGCCCGCCUACGGCCCCCCGGCCCAGCCCCCGGCGCCCCCGCAGUACCCCGACUUCCCCAGCUACUCUCACGUGGAGCCGGCCCCCGCCCCCGCAACGGCCUGGGGGGCUCCCUUCCCUUCGCCCAAGGACGACUGGGCCGCCGCCUACGGCCCGGGCCCCGCGGCCCCUGCCGCCAGCCCAGUUCCGCUGGCAUUCGGGCCCCCUCCGGACUUUAGCCCGGUGCCUGCGCCCCCUGGGUCCGGCCCGGGCCUCCUGGCGCAGCCCCUCGGGGGCCCGGGCACACAGUCCUCGCCCGGAGCUCAGAGGCGGACGCCCUACGAGUGGAUGCGGCGCAGCGUGGCGGCCGGAGGCGGCGGUGGCAGCGGUAAGACUCGGACCAAGGACAAGUACCGAGUGGUCUACACUGACCACCAACGCCUGGAGCUGGAGAAGGAGUUUCAUUACAGCCGCUACAUCACAAUCCGGCGGAAAUCAGAGCUGGCUGCCAAUCUGGGGCUUACUGAACGGCAGGUCAAGAUCUGGUUUCAAAACCGGCGGGCAAAGGAGCGCAAAGUGAACAAGAAGAAGCAGCAGCAGCAACAGCCCGCACAGCCGCCGACAGCCCACGACAUCACAGCCACCCCAGCAGGGCCGUCCCUGGGGGGCCUGUGCCCCAGUAACACCAGCCUCCUGGGCACCUCCUCCCCAAUGCCUGUCAAAGAGGAGUUUCUGCCAUAGCCCCAUGCCCAGCCUGUGUGCUGGGGAACCUGGGGACUCGGGUGCUAGGGGUAUGGCUCCUGUGGGCCCAGGAGGUCUAAUCUGAGUCUCAGCCCUGCCAGUGACCUUCUGGGACAUGGUGGACAGUGACCAAUCUAUGCUCUGCAUCCUCUUGGCCCAUCUGUGCAGUAAGCCUGUUGGAUAAAGACCUCUUCCAGGGCCUGUGCUCUAGACCUCUGGGGGAUAAGAGAGUCCAGGGUGGAUGAUCUCAAUCUCCUGUGGGCAUCUAAAGCCCCAGAUGGUUGGGGGAGGGGCCUAGACAAGGCUCCAGGCUCUAUCUCCUCCUCCACAGGUUCAGGGGUGGGGCGGAAGGCUGCUAUAGGGACCCGACUGACCCUGGAGAAAAGGGGUGGAGCUAAAAAAGAUGGGAUGCUUGCAGAGCAUGACCUGAGGAGGCAGAAACGUGGUCAACUCACACCUGCCUCUUCCUGCAGCCUUACCUCUACCUGCCCCCAUCAUAAGAGCGCUGAGCCCUCCCCAGGCUGGCUGCUAAGCACAAAGCCCACAGCACUGGCUCUGACUGCUCCACUGGGUUGCAAAACCACAGCCCUCAUGAUCACUCUCAGUGAGGACUCUGGAUUGAGAGGGAGGCCCCCAGAGGGGAGGAGCGGGCAGAGUCUACCCUACCAGGUUUCUAUACCCCACCAGGCUGUCCAUCAGGGUCCAGGUAGCCCCCAGAGGACUUUAUGUGGACCAAGCAGAGCUCACAACUGGACAGGUGUUGUAUACAGAGUGGAAUCUCUUGGAUGCAGCUUCAAGAAUAAAUUUUUCUUCUCUUUUAAAAAAUGUAUAAAAAUCAUUAUACGUAGCAUUAAAGAAAGAUUUUUGAGAAGUACAAAUCA